GCUUGUCAUCCAUGGCCAUUGAUGAUAAAGCUAUGGGUUUUUUGCAAAGAGAAAGAAUUUUCAUAUUUCUUGAUUAAUUUCUUUUUCCCACUUUUCCAAUAUUUUUAGGAUAAAGCUCUACUAAAACUGUGUCCUAGACAAUAUUUACCCUGCAGCAAGUUUAACUUUAUCUGAGGAAGUAAAGCCGUCCCCAGCUGAAGGAGUCAAGUCCAAUCCAUCCAAGAGACACAGGGACCGCUUGAACGCGGAGCUGGACCGCUUGGCUAGCCUCCUGCCUUUCCCUCAAGAUGUUAUCGCCAAAUUGGAUAAGCUGUCUGUGCUUAGGCUCAGUGUCAGUUACCUGAGAGCCAAAAGUUUUUUUGAUGUUGCAUUAAAAUCUUCUAACUCUACAAGACCAGAAAGAAAUGGCAUUCAGGAAAACUGUAGAACAGCAAAGUGUGGAGAAGGGAUGCAGAUCCUGGAAGGAGAACUCCUACUGCAGGCAUUAAAUGGGUUUGUCUUAGUUGUUACAGCAGAUGCUCUGGUUUUUUACGUCUCUUCUACCAUCCAAGACUACUUGGGCUUCCAACAAUCGGAUAUUAUACACCAGAGUGUAUUUGAAUUGAUUCACACAGAAGACAGACCUGAGUUUCAGCGACAGCUACACUGGGCAUUAAAUCCUGCCCAGUCAGCAGAUUCUGGACCAAGUGUACAAGGAGAUAAUGGCUUUUCACAGCCAGCAACCUAUUAUAACCCAGACCAACUUCCUCCAGAGAAUUCUUCCUUUAUGGAAAGGAAUUUCAUCUGCAGGUUACGAUGCCUCCUGGAUAAUUCAUCUGGAUUCCUGGCUAUGAACUUUCAAGGACGGUUAAAGUUUCUCCAUGGACAAAACAAGAAAGGGAAGGAUGGUGCUACUUUGUCUCCUCAGCUUGCUCUGUUUGCAGUAGCUACUCCCCUUCAACCACCAUCCAUCCUUGAGAUACGAACCAAAAACUUCAUCUUCAGAACUAAACACAAACUGGAUUUCACACCUACUGGCUGUGAUGCAAAAGGAAAAAUUGUCCUGGGAUACACUGAAGCAGAGCUAUGUAUGAGAGGAACAGGAUACCAGUUUAUUCAUGCAGCUGAUAUGCUUUAUUGUGCUGAAAAUCAUAUUCGAAUGAUGAAGACAGGUGAGAGUGGAAUGACUGUAUUUAGGCUUCUAACCAAAGAAAAUCGAUGGGCCUGGGUACAGGCAAAUGCUCGUCUUGUCUACAAAAAUGGAAGACCAGAUUACAUCAUUGCCACGCAAAGACCUCUUACAGAUGAAGAAGGGGCAGAACAUCUACGGAAGCGUAACAUGAAGUUGCCCUUCAUGUUUGCCACUGGUGAGGCUGUGUUAUAUGAGGUAUCUUUCCCUAUGUCAAGCCUUAUGGAUCCCUCUCAGACGAAGAGUAAAAGCACAGCAGGAAAAGGAGCCAAAGCAACGCUACACAAUGAUUCCGUUGAUCCAAACUCCCUCCUAGGUGUCAUGUUAAGGCAAGAUGAGUCUGUUUAUCUCUGCCCUCCAGCAUCACAUAAACUUUCCUUUGAGCGGAACUUCUUUGCGGACAGUAGGGAUGAACUGGGCGGUGUUGUUAGCAGUGGUUGGACAGAUAAUCUCCUACCUGCUGGAAGUCACAACAUUCUCAAACGGGAGCUGAUGGAGUGUUCCCAGGACAGUACUGUUGAACUGCCUGAAGACAGUGCAGCACUCUUUCAGGAUAACAAAACCAGUGAUUUGUACAGCAUCAUGAAAAAUCUGGGUAUUGACUUUGAAGAUCUAAAGUGUAUUCAGCAGGAUGAGGAGUUCUUUAAAACUGAAUUAUCUGAUGUGGAUGACAUUGGGGACAUCAACAUAACUGAUGAAAUCCUGACUUAUGUUCAGGAUUCCUUAAAUAAAUCUGACUUUUUAUAUUCAGAGUGUAACCAGCAGCAGCCAUUGGUCCAGAAUGAAGGCUGCUUGGUACAGCAAGACUUAGAUCCACAUCAACUUCAUCAUCAGCAGAAACAGCUCAUGGAGCAGCAGCAACAACAGCAACAACAGCAGCAGCUCUGUCAAAAGAUGAAACAUAUGCAAGUCAAUGGGAUGUUCACAAAUUGGAGCUCUGGCAUCAGCAUGCCUCUUGGUUGCUCUCAACAGCAGCAGCCCCAGCAAUACAUGUUCCCUGGCAUGCAUGCCACUACAUCUGAGUUCUCUUACAAAUCAGAAGUGAACACUUCUCCUUAUGAGUGUAGGCAAGACUUUAUUCCUUACAAGCAACCCACAGCAAUGGUGCCACAGCUUUCUAAUUUUGCUCAAAUGGAUUUCCCUGCAUCAGCUUUUGACAGAUCGACCUAUUCCGCUUCUUCCAACUUUGAGGAUUUUCUCAGUUGUUUGCAGCAAGUCCCUGAAAAUCUUGAGUGUGGGAUAAACUCUGAGUCGGUUAUGCUAACUCCUCAAACAUGCUAUGCAGGCGCUGUUUCUAUGUACCAGUGCACGCAGGAGGCACAGCCCAGCUGCGUGGAUCAAAUGCAGUAUGAUCCUAUGAUGACAAAUCAACAACAACAAACAUUGGUGAACAAGUUCCCAAACAGUUUCAAUGGAGGAAACGUAAAUGAAUCCUAUCCCUCUCAGUUAGAUGUGAUCAGUAAUGCACAGACUGCCACACAUCUUCAGCCUCAUCAUCAUCCGAAAGAACCCAGAUCCUUCUCAGAUUUGGCAUCUAGUGGAUUUAUGUGAUUCAGAUCUAGAGCUCCAUCUGUGAUUUUGUCUGGGCAUCAGGCUGCUCUGAGGAAAAGCUUGAUAAGUCUCUCUUUGAGCAUCAGACUUUAACAGCUAAAUUACAUUUGGAGAAUAUGAGGUUGGUUGCACUAUAUACUGGUGGAUAUGUAAUCUAAGACCUGGGUUUUUAGUGUGACAGGUGGAAUUAAACUUCUGACUAAAAGUAUGCAUGUGCUGUUUUCCAUCAGAUUGACUGUGUCAUUGCAGUAUGGAUUACAUAUGUACUACAGAGUAUGUCAUGCUAUACAACAUAAGAUAAGGCAAAUGGUUUUGUUGUUUAGAAAAUAAUUGGGCACUUUACAAAUAGCAUCGAUGGCACAAGGAAGAUGAUUUCACACGUGGAUUAUUUCCAAACUUUAUUUUUUAAAAUCUAUUAAAAAGCUCUAAAUUCAUAAGAAUCAAAAGCACUUCAUUUUAAUGCAUACUAAGCUCUUUAAUCACUUAUUUUGUAUUUAAAUCCUUUUGUUUUAAGUCUCCAUUUCUAGCACUUUAAUAGAAGGCUUAAUACAAGGAUAUGAUAUGCAACUUCAGGUUUUCUAUGAAACAGACCCCUUGCAUUCCUCCUUUUCAUGUCAACCUUAAGUGCCUCACAAUUUAGCUACCUUGUUUCUGAUGGGAGGUUAUUUUAGCAAAACUCACUAUAAAUGUCAUCCGUAGUCUGUGAACUUUUAGCUAACAUCUACAGUGCUACUGGCUGUAUCUUUUUUCUUUCCCUCUAACGAUAAUUUGUUUAGAGAGUGACUUAACUCUUUAUCUGUGGAUUUGUUACACUAUUAUCAGGAGUUGUUGAUGUUCUGAAUUUAGUUCAGCUAAAGAGUUUGGGUUUAUUCUAUACUGCUUUUCUGCUUUCUUCAGGUAAUACAGGGUAUAUUAAAAAAGCAGAUUUUGCUGAGGGGGAGGAGCAGAUCCUCAGGAUUAGUUUUAGAUUAUUAAUGCUGAAAAACAUGUGCCUUAUCUUGUGUUAAAACGCUCAUAAUGUUCUUUAGAAAUAAUACAAGGCUGCUCUAUGCAAAUAUUUUCAUUAAAAUGGAUAUUGAAAAGGAUUACAUUUUCAAUGUUACUAGUGGGGAAAGAGUCAGUUUUGGUUUAAACUUUAUCUCUGGCAAAUUGCACUGCAAGAGGUUAUUCUUUUUUGUGUAUGUUGAUCCAUUUGAAAAACUUUGUCCAAAAAUAUGAAAUUGGGGAAAGAA